GAGCACGAGGACGACCUGCGGGGGCGGGGCUUCUCGAAGACGCCGGACGUGCACCUCAACUUGAAUCACCCUUUUCCUGCCCAGGUCGUCAACUGGGUCGACUCCAAGGCCAUGUUCGGGUCGCCGGCGGCGUACGGCGGCGACCACCGCGCCCAGCUCCUCGGCUACGUGAACCGGCUGGGCGCGGGCGCCGUCGUCUACUGGUUCGGCUUCUGCGACGAGCUC